GAUCCGUCGCGUAUAUAAGUUGAAGCUUUUGACUCGCCGCUUGUUUGGGGUUGAGUGCGUGAGGGUGUGUGGCGAUCUACUGAUUGAUAAGGAGUAUCAAAAGUCAGAUACAUAAUGGGUCGUACAGUCCUGAACGAGAGCAACAAGGGCCUGGUGGAGAACUUCUCCAUCCCCGCCGAGCUGCAUGAGCGAGACGGCAAGAGGUUCGCUAGCUUCGGUACCACUGUGCCCAUCCACUGCUGCACACCAGAACAGGUGGCGGAGUUCGCGAACAAGACGCACCACUACUGCGACGUGUUCACGGAGCAGGUGCUGGCGCCGCUCGACGAGCUCGUCUACGUCAGGAUCGACGAGAACACUGCCGAGAAGGUAUUCAUCAACCGCAGUAAGCGCAUCCUGCUGGUGUCGAGUGACGGUGUGCUGGCUCAGUGGCGCAGCGCCCCGACCUUCGAGUCCAGUAACAGGUUCCUGGCCGGCACGCCCAUCGUCAACAAGGAUGGCGACCUCGUCUCCGUCGUCACCGCCAGGAAGGGGAACCACUACGCUGUCUCUACCUUCGAGGGUGAAGGCGGUUACUUCGAGACCUCCCAGCCGUGGAAGGUCCUGGACCCCCCCGAGGGCGCGGCCGUGUACGGCGACCGCUGGUUCCCGUCGCGCGAGGAGGUCCGCGCCUACACGCUGUCGCUGCCGGGCGCGGCGGUGUCGGCGGGCUCCCCGCCCGCGCCGGUGCUGCACCGCGGCGGCAGCGGGCGCCUGGUGCUGGCGGACGCGCGCGGGCGCCAGCUCUCCCACCACUACCUGCACGGGGUCGCCACUACCGACGUGCAGUACUUGUAACGGGUGCCCAGCUUAAUUAAGGAAGAUAGUGUUGCCAAUUUUGUAUAUUCUGUACGGAUUUUAUUGAAGUAAAUAUUUUUGAUUGAUAUUUAUUUUAGGUAAGUAGACAUGAAAUAUAACAUUAAUCAAUGAAAUAUAUUUUUCAAGUCAUUGUUUCUUCAAAUAAUGUUCGUUAAUAUGUUGCUAUAGUUAAUAUGUUAUCACAACGUUGUCAGUAACGCUGCACUAAGCUCGCGUUGAGAAGCAUUUGGUGUGUUGUACGUUUUUCUUUCGUUCCCUGCAUGUUUCAGGAGCAUUGUUUCAUACAAUGCCUCUGUCAUAUCCCGGGGGCGACAGGAACACAUAUAACAUAACAACUGCUUCUCAAUGCACGCUUAUUGUAUAUAAACUGACAUAAAACUACAAAGUUUGACAGUAUUGCUACAAGUGUACUUCACUUAUAUCAUGUUUUGCAAUUUCAUACAUUUUUUACUUACAAAAAGAACUUUUAAUAAUUAAAUGUUAAAAUAUAUAUUUUUGUAAAUAAAUGUAAAGUAUAAAUUAUUUAGAUAUUUGUAGUUUUAUAUAUUGUACUGGAAAAGUUCAAAUGUUGCCAUGUCAAUCCAAUUAGUAUUGGGUAUAUUGUUUCUGUGGGCAAUACAAAUACAGGUAAAUGUAAAUAUGAUGGAAUAAGAAUAAAAUACAUUUA